UACCUAUGCUUCGGCAGCAGUUCUUAACUCACCACAAACCGCAAACAACGCGUCCGCAACAAAACGCAACGCGCCUUAAAGUCAAUUUUACACAGACUAACUUAGAACUGGAGAUUUCGUGUGCAAAUUAGUGCGAAAAUGAACCCUCUCAUCAGUAUUGCCCUACUUGCGUUAAUCGCAUGCACCCACGCUGAUGUGUCACAUUUGUCAAGCACCUAUUUACCACCAUCGACCGCAUCUGCAUCCCGUACCGUUACUUUCAAUGCAGCCACAGGCUAUUCAAGCGGCGGUGUAGGUGUUAGCAGUGGUGGCAGCAGUUUUGGUGGUCAUCGUUACACAGCACCCGCCGUUUCGUACAGUGCACCCUCCACACAAGUAUUUAGUACAUCCUCCAGCUCCGGCGGUUAUUCGGUACCCUCUGCACCAUCUCGCAAAUACCUAGCUCCCAUUCAAGCGCCAGCUCCAGUGCAACACAAUGCUGCGGCAACAGUAUAUCGUGCACCGGCCACAUCGUAUCGUGCUCCAGCGACCAGUUACAGCGCCCCUGCCGUGCACACGUCUUCCUAUCGCGCACCCGCUGCCAGUUAUAGUGCUCCAGUAGUUCAAAAGCCAGCAGUUGUUCAACAUCAUGCUACUGUUCAACAAUAUCGCGCACCAGUUGUAUCAUUUUCGUCGGCCAAUCAAUAUCGUGCACCAGGUCCGGUCUAUAGUGCACCUGCUUCGGUGAGUCAUAGUUCAUCAUCUGGGUCUUAUAGAGCUCCUUACUCCUACAACGCUCCGGCAGCAACCUAUCGUGCGCCAGCGGCUCAAUAUCAAUCGUCUGCCGUUACAUAUAGGGCCCCUGCCGUUCAGUAUCAAGCACCUGCCACAUCGUACAGAGCUCCUGCUGCUCAAUAUCAAGCCCCUGCAGCUACAUAUAGAGCCCCGGCGCCUCAAUAUCAAACUCAAACGUCUCAGUAUCAUGCACCCGCCGCUACUUAUAAAGCACCUGCAAGCUCUAGUUAUCAAGCGCCCGCUUCCUCCUAUCGCGCAUCCACCACAUAUCACGCUCCGGCCAUUUCCACAAGCAGCGUUAUAAGCGGUGCGUACCAAGCUCCAGCUAAAUCCAUUUCGACAUCGUCAUCCAGUCUUGGCACCCAAUAUGCGGCUAAUGGUGGUUAUAUUUAUUAAGAACUUUAUAUGCUCAAAAUCUCGAUCUUUUAUAUGUUAAAUGUUGGUAUUAUCUCCCUUCGAAUUGGUUGAAAAACAUUAAACAUUUUUUAUAAAAACGAAA